AUGAGGAAGGCGGCCGCGGCCUCGCGCUACGCCUCCUACGAGUCCCAAUCCCCCUCCCCGUCCCCGCGCCGCGCCGGACCCGCACCCGCCGCCGCCGCAUCGGGGACGCCGGUCCAGCAGAGCCGCGCGCUGGUGCCGGUCAGAUCCGGCCGCGCCGACCUGCGCUGCCAGGCGCCGCCGCAGCCGCACGGCAACCUCGGCUCCGUGCUCCGGAGGCUCAUCUCCAUGGACAAGAAACCCAGCUCCAAGAACCUCCUCCCCGUCCCUCCCGCCCCCGCGAAGAACGGCGGCGGAGGGGGCAAGCUGCCGGCGCUGUCGCGGAAGCUAUUCCAGAAGGCCCCGCCGGAGGGCAAGCGGAAGGCCCUCACGGAGGUCAAGAACAGCGGCAACGCCAACACGCGCACGCUCGCCACGGUGCUGCGCAGCGAGCGGGAGCUCCUCUCGCAGAGCAAGGAGCAGGAGGACGAGAUCGCCGCGCUCCGCCGCCAGCUCCACCAGAAGGACACCGAGGUCGAGCGGCUCAAGGACCUGUGCCUGCGCCAGCGGGAGGAGAUCAGGGCGCUCAAGGACGCCGUCCUGUUCCCGGACGCGCAGCCCGACCGCCACGUCCGGGACGAGAUAUCGACCCUCACCGGGCAGAUCCAGUGCCUUGCCGAGGAGCUCGCCCAGGUCAAGGCCGAGAAGAACACAUCAAGGUCAUGUUUUGAUGAUGGAUAUUGUUCCUCCCCAAGCACGCCUGUGCUUAACGAGGAGACUGCCUUCUCUCUGGAGUGCAGCAUCGGCGAAGCAGAGACGCCGAACUGUGGUAGCCCUGACGAAAUGUUCGUCAAAGAUCUUAAUCCCUGCCUGACCCCUUUCUCCAAGAGCAGAUCCGAGGUAUCAGGGCCAGCUUCAGCACAAUUUCCAUCCAUCUUUUCCCCUCAAUACGAGGAAUCCUUGAGCUCCCAGCGCAGCAACAGCAGCAAGGCCAGGCCGGCCCACCACCUCUCCUGCGGCUCGAGCCGAAGACCGAUGUCGAAGAGCUCCGAUCACCACAAGCCUACCUCAGGCACUGGGAGUAGCAGCAAGCGGCGAGUGCACAGAUCCGACCAAGACAAGAUCUACCAGAACCUAUUUUAGUUUAGUCAUGAAUCGCCCAGAGAUGUGUGUGUGAGAGUUGUGUAAUAACGUUGCUAUGU